UGGUCAUUUCAUUUGGGAAUUAAUUCAUUUGGGAUGGGCAUUUGUGAUAUCCGAAAUGUACAUUUGGGACAAUGGGCAAGCGCAUAUCCGAAUCGAUCUUCGCAAAUGAAAUAUCCCAUCAUUUUGAAUCUUAACGCAUUUGGGCUACAACAUAUCUAUUCUACAAAAUUAGAAUCAAACCUCAGAUGA